AUGUCCGACCUUUCCCGCUUCCGGCAUCUUCUCGUCAACCUUCUGACAAAGCGCAAGCACGUCCUGAAUAUAAGUCACAUAGGACUCCGUGGAAGCCUGAACUCGGCAAGGAAGGUCUUUCUGCGCGGCACGCCGGCAGCCAACAAGCUUGCCAAGCAAAUCAGUGAGCUUUUGUUCGCAGAAGUCCCAGCUGGUGAGCACCUCUUUGUGGGUCUCAAACCAGAUGCCCAAGGCGUGCGCAGCCCUUAUCAUUUCAUCUGGUUGCUCAUUCGUCACGGUUGGCAAGAGCAAGUGUGGUCGAUCGCCGUCGCGAUCGUGUACUAUUUGUCCAUCCUGCUGCGGAUUCCACUUUUUCAGGGCCUGCUCGCUGGCGGUGGCGCCGGCCUCUCCUUCAACCAAGCCGUGCUCUUGCUGGCUGCCUCGUGUGUCGCAGAGGGCCUCGUGUGCAGCUUCUGCGUCAACCUUUCCGUCCGGUGCCAGACCAGAGCUCAACUAUUGUUGCAGACGGCUCUCUUCAAGAAGGUGACCUGCCUUUCCGCCUCAGGCAUAGCGGCCAACCCUUCGGGCUUCGUGUCAACGCUGCUCAUCGCUGAUGCCUGGCUGGUGUCUCUCUACACAAGUUUUUUAGCGAACGCCGGCGUGGGACUUUUGUGUAUUCCGGUCGUCUUGUCUACUCUGGCACACGAAAUGGGUUACGAACCCGCCUGCGCAUGUCUUGUCUGGAUAGCGGCGGUCGCAUUGGCUUGCACGGUCAUAGUACCGCUGCUCUACAACAGUUGUAGGGUACUGUACAGGUUUCGAGAUGAACGCCUAAAGAAGUUCACCGACUUCCUUCUGUCCAUAAGGCCGAUCAAAAUGUCCGCCCUCGAAGGUGUAUUUCAGGACAGCCUUCUUCAUCUCAGAGUGAAGGAAAUUAACCAGGCCUAUCGUGUCAACAUUCUGGAGAUACUUCUCGAAACACUGUUUAGUGCAUCGAGUACUCUGAUGAUAAUCAUUGCUUUUGGAACCGUGUCGUUUACAAAGCCAGAUGCCACUUUCAGCCCCGCUGUCAUGUUUUCAUGUGUAUACAUGCUCACAAUAAUGGAUACUUUGGCAACUGGUGCUCCGCACGUCCUCAGACUAAAAAGCUCGCUGUUCCGAAGCUGUAGAAGACUGAUAUCCUUUUUCAAAGAGGAAGAGUACAGCAGGGUGGAAGACGAAAACCGACAUUCUCCUAACGUCACAGUCGGCGAGGUCACAUUGAAGGACUGCUCGUUCGCUUGGGCCAAGAGGGAUGAAAAAGUGGAAAAUCCUGCCUUGGAUGCUAUCAGCCUGUUGGUUGAGAGGGGCUCGCUCGUUGGCAUCGUGGGCCCAGUGGGCAGCGGCAAGUCUUCCCUCCUGUCAGCCAUCGUUGGAGACAUGAGACAUCUGAGCGGCACUGUCUCUGUUAACGGCUCAAUUGGCAUUGUGUCUCAAGCGCCACAAAUAUUAAAUAUGACCAUACGAGACAACAUAACCUUCGGGCGCAAGUUCGAAGAGCUGUACUACGCUAAAGUUGUGGAAGCUUGCCAACUCUAUCGUGACAUUAACAUGAUGCCAGCAGGAGAUCUCACCGAAGCUGGGGAUAAGGGUGAAAUGCUGAGCGGCGGCCAGAAGCAGCGAGUGGCGCUAGCACGGGCAGUGUACUCGUGCAGCGACAUCUACCUGCUGGACGAUCCGACCAGCUCCCAAGACGUUCGCGUGGCACACAGCAUCGUGCAGCAAGUACUCGCACACGGUGGCCUCCUUACUAACAGGACACGAGUCCUGGUUACGAACAACUUAAGCCUGCCCUUAUCUCCAAACCAAUGGGUGUUAAUGCACGCGAAGAAAGGAAUCACGUUUCGUGAUUUCAAAGAAUUGAAAGACCACCCCGAUGCACCUGCGGAAUUAUUUGAAAACCCGACUUCAAAGCGUCUGCCGGAGCGCACAAACAGCUUGAAAUCAACUUCUCAAACAUUCACAAACCCCGUGCCGGCAAUCAUGUGGCUGCACAUUCUGAAAUUUUCUUAUUUCCAACAUUUUCUCGUUGAAAAAGUGAAUUUGUCACUAACGCAUUGCCUUUAUAGGCACAGCGAAGAACAUUUAGAAGAAAGCGGGGAGCAAAUGAACGUCAUCAAAGAAGAAGGAAUGUCAAGCAAGGGAUUCUUUGAAAUCGUGCGAGCGUACUUCAAGUACUCUGGUGCAUGCGCACCGGUGGCACUGUUAUCCCUGGCAGCGAGUGCCGUAUUUGUGGCCUGUCAAAUGCUUUGCAUUAAGGCGUGGGCGGCGACGAUGAUAAGCGACACCGCAAACACAACGCACUCAGGCCGGAGCAUUAUUCGUUGGCUCGCCGUGUUUUGCAUUGGAGAUGUUAUCCUGAGGCUCGCCGGGGGCACGCUGUUGGCUCGUGCCAAUCACCACCGCUCCCUGAAGCUCCACGCGGACAUGCUGGAGCGGGUCGCCGGCAGUGCGCUCUCUUUCUUCGACGCUACGCCGAGGGGCCGGAUCUUCAAUCGUUUCGCCACGGAUCUGGAGAUAAACGACACUCGUGUAUUUAUGUUCUUCAAGCAGUUUCUGCAGAACCUCUUGUACGUGUUCGCCCGUCUCGCUGUGAUAGGGACCCAGGUGCCCUUCGUCUUCGGCCUUACCGUUUGUGCAGAGGUUAUUUUGCUAUUUUGCAUGCGCUAUCUGAUACGUGCCACGAUGUAUGGACGCCUCUACGAAAGCACCCAGUUGUCUCGAGUGCUUCAGCACCUGACCGAGACACUCGAGUGCGUAGGCCUGAUGCGUUGCUACGGUGUCAUGGAACGUUUCUGCGCUCGGUUCCGCCGAAUGUUAAACACAUACCUGGAGUCAUUCAACCUGUUUGUUUACUGCUUCGCUAUAGGCCGCCUCAUCAGUACCAUCUGCGCCCUAGUGGUCAUAGUGCUCACCGUAGCUAUAAUUGUGGCGCCGGCCCGUGACGACCCAGGUGCUGCUGCAAUGGCUGGCCUGUCCCUGCUGUCGGCAUUCACGGUUCCAUUUGCAACGGUGGUGGUCUUCCUUGGCGGCUUCUGGAACGCGACGGGAGACGCUGCUUUCCAGAGGACCCUGGAAUAUACAGAGUUACCUUUGGAGAAGGAAGUUCUUACCGAACGCAAGGAUUCCACCGGUCACCCCAAACACGAAAGCCCUCGGAUUUUUGUUCAGCCCUACGAUGACUUGUGGCCCAGCAAAGGGGUCGUGAGCUUCGAAAAUUUCAGCGCAUCCUAUCGACCAGGGAUCACCGACGACACGCUCAAAGGUAUAUCCUUUGUAGCAGAAGCGGGACAGAAGCUGGCUAUCGUCGGGAGGACGGGUGCCGGAAAAUCAUCGCUUGUACUUGCACUUCUGCGCAUGAUCCAGCGCACAUCAGGAACGAUCACCAUUGACGGAGUAGAUAUACACACAGUUCCGUUGAAUCGCCUUCGGACUGUAAUAAGCGUUAUACCGCAGGACUAUUCAAUGUUUACUGGGACGUUACGUGAAAACUUGGACCCCCAAGGCAGCCACUCAGACGAAGUGCUCUGGAGAGUUCUUAGGAACGUGCACCUAAGUGACUUCGUCGAAACGACGCCUGAAGGGCUGUCAUUCUCCGUGUCUCAAAAGGGGGAAAACCUGAGUGCUGGUCAGCGACAACUGGUGGCACUCGCUCGUGCCCUCCUGCGAGCCACGAAAAUUUUGGUGCUGGACGAAGCCACCUCCCAGAUGGACUCCGACACAGAGCGCAGGGUGCAGGCGAGUUUGAGGGAGAGCUUCGCGCACUGCACCGUUAUCACGAUAGCGCACCGCAUCGACACCAUACUAGACUACGACAGGGUCGUCGUCAUGGGUGACGGUCGAGUGCUGGAGUUUGGUGGUGUGCGAGAACUGCUGACCAACCCAUGUUCCGUGUUUCGUAGUAUUGUUACCAGCGCUGGAAUUGACGUGGAGAAAAGGAUAUCAAACAUGACAUCUUAAUAAAACUACUCCA